UGGUACUGCUAGGUUCUUUUCUCAUUACUCGCAAAAACAGCUAUAUUGGUUUUAAAAACCCUUGCAUUUAUUUAUAUCGUUGCAGUGAAAUACAUCCUUGGACAGCUAUAUCCAGAUUUCGCCUGUACUUCCACUUCCAAAUGACUUCAAUUAUUGACUGGGGCAUUAAUACUCAAGAUGAGCCUGAUUAUGGCCUCUCUUGGGGAGACAUGCCUGAAGGUCUACACCCAUGGGAUUGGGACAUUUCAUCCAACACUCUCUACAACAUAUGCGCAAUGCCUGGGACAUUGAUACCGCCUUCGUCCUCCGAGUACUGCGAGAGCGAUGCUAUUACGGGCAGCAUGCUGAAUGAUGAGGGACUGUACUCUGCACCGUUAUCAGGAUCUCUGUCCAGCACGCACAGCGUCGAGGAAUAUUUUCAAUCUGAAAGUCGAAUACAGCAAGAAUGCCUGUAUGAAGAGGCAACCUUGGGCAUUCUGCAAGACCACCACGGAAGCUUAAGCACUGCCACCGAUUCGAUCCCAAACUCGACUCCACCUGAGGUCAGCGCUAGCAUCAAGACCCGCACGACCCCGGUUACAAAGGCUGAGGGGAAGAAAAGAAACAGACGAAAGCCCCGUGACAAAAAGAACGCAAGAAGGACGAAGACUGAAAUCAACAGGGAAGAGAAAAAACGGUACAUGAAGGUUUUGGAGAGGAACCGAAGAGCUGCGGCGAAUUGUCGUGCGCGAAAGCAAGAGCAACAAGACAAGUUGAACGCCGAGCUGGAGAAGCUUCAGGACCGGCACAAAGAGCUAUUUGCUUCCUGCAACGAGCUGAGGGAAACAGCUUACCAACUAAAGCUCCAGCUGCUGAGGCACGGCGACUGCGGAUGCGCCCUCAUUCAGCGAUUCAUCGCAAAUGAAGCAGUCAAUUCCGUCGAAACUCUGAUUUCGAAACAAUCUCCCUCCAGCAGCCCCAACUGCACCACUGCGAGCACCACUGUCAGUGCCAGUGCCAAUAGCCCGAGACGAGGACUGGGCGGAAAUAACGGAUGGGAUAAACCACCUAGCAUGUUCCCAUGAAACUGGAGUCUUGUGGCUGUUUUAGUGGUAGAUGCUGGUGAUGAGUCUCUUAUCACGUUAUGGUCUGGGUUAGGAAAAGAAUGAUUCAAUUUGUUUGUACUGUGGGCAUUAAUGCUGCAUUUUAGUUACGCCAACAAGGAUGGAACAACUCGUUUUAUCGUCAUAGGGUAAUUAGCCAAACUUUGAAUACAGCGACGUGGCCAAUAAUUGGUGUUGGACGCUGAGACUAGUUCAACAGCCGUCAGUAACCGGACGCUAAGUUGG